AUGGCCGCCGAUGACUUGAUUUGUAUGGUGUCUUUAGGCGAGAAGGCCAUAUUUAUGAAGCUCUGCUCGACAACACGGUUUUAUGAACUGAAAUUUGAUGUGGCUGAAAGAAUGAAAGUACCUAAAGAAGCUUUAUCAUUGGUAUAUAAAUCCGAGAGGCACCCCAACUUGACUUUUUCGGUUGACAACGAAGAUGACUUGAAGUGCAUGUUGGAGUACAAUCGAAAUGUCGGUUGUACAGAGAUUCACAUGCUCGCUGUUGUUAAUAGUGCUGUUAAUAAAGAGUGUUCCAGUUCUGAAAUAAACCAGAAAGUUAUUGGUGGAAUCAGUGAUGCCUCUUUGAAUGAAGAAUAUUGUCAUCCCCCUUCUGGCGGAAAUGCUUCCAAUUCAGAGAGAAUCCCAACUGAUUGCCCGUCUGGUGAGAUUACGUUGCAAUACUAUUCCAUGGCGAAAAAGUUUGACUACGACUCUGUAAAGAAUGAACCUAAACGUAUCCGAGUUAUUUGUCGAUAUAAGGAGACUUAUGGAUGCCCUUGGAUGCUGUUUGCAUCCCCUGUAAAAAAUGAAAAAAGAAUUGAAAUCAAAAGGUUUGUGAAUGAACAUAGUUGCGGACAACAUACUAACUUGUCAGGGCAAUCACGGGCAUCUCGUAGAUUUGUAGCAGAACAAUUGCGACCUGUCUUAAAGGUUCGACCUGAAAUCCGCCCAAAGGAUGUGCAAAAGGAGUUCCUCACUCGAUAUGGAUUGAGACUUGAAUACAGUACGAUAUGGUGGGGCAAAGAAAGAGCGCAUGAGGCUAUGUACGGUGAUAGUUAUAAGUCUUACGAUCAAUUAAGAUGGUAUGAGCAAAAGGUGAAGGAAACAAAUCCAGGAAGCUACAUUUGCAUUGACCAGAAUGAAGGAAGGUUCAAAAGACUGUUUAUAUGUUAUGCUGCUUGCAUCGUUGGUUUCUUAAAUGGGUGUAGACCUCUAUUAUUUUUGGAUGGGACCUUCUUGAAAGAUAGAUACAAAGGCCUGCUCCUGAGCGCUGUAGCAUAUGAUGGAGACCAAGGGAUAUUUCCACUUGCGUAUUGCAUAUGUGAUCAGGAAAACGUUGAUAAUUGGAGAUGGUUCCUGCAAGGCUUGUGGUCUAUACUGUACGAAAGGCCAGACCCAUAUAAUCCUCCCCAUCAACUGGUUAUUAUUUCUGAUGCCGACAAGGGAAUCCAAGAAGCGGUGAGAGAAUAUUUUACUGAAGCAAUUCACUCAAGAUGUGUUCUGCACCUGGUUGAAAAUUUUAGAUAUAAGCUAAAGGAUUUGGGAUUGAAGGCAAAGGACACACAUGUUUUGGGGAAUUUGCUCCAAUCAGCUUGCUAUAAAUACACUGUUGCGGAAUAG